UCGGACAUCGCUAGACGCUAACUCAAUCUGGAAACAGCUUGUUCAACGUUGUUCAGCAUUAUCAGUUAUGGAGGUCACCGGUCCUGAUAGUGAUUGGAGGAGUCCAGCCUUUCGACAGAAAGUAGUGGCCCAAAUAGAUGAAGCUAUGAGAAAAGCAGGAACUGCUCACACAAAGUCCAGUACUGACAUGGAGAACCAUGUUUUUAUCAAGGCAAAGACCAGAGAGGAGUAUUUGUCUUUAGUUGCAAGACUGAUAAUUCAUUUUAGAGACAUUCAUAAAAAAUCACAAGGUGGGCCUGACCCUAUGAAUGCCCUGCAAAGUAUACCAGGAGUGGGUGGAGGUGGACCUGGAGUUAUUGGCAUUGGACCACGGCCCCCUGGUGCACAAAUGGGUGGUUUGGGGCAAAUGCAAAUGGGUCAACAUGCCAUGCAGGGAGGCCAGCAGGCUGCAGGUGCUGCCGGGCAGAUGCCGAUGAUGCAACAGCAGCAGCAGCAGUCCAUUCAAUUUCAGCAGUUUCAGUCGCAGCAACAGGCAGCCAUGCAGGCUCAGCAGCCAGCAGCUAUGCAGCCGAAUGCCAUGCAGUUCCAACAGAUAAGGCAACACCAUCAGAAUCAACAAAUGCAGCAUCAGAAUCAACAACAGCAGCAGGCCCAGACUCAGCAGCAACAACAGAACCAGUUGCACCAAACAAGAAUGCAGCAGCAGCAGCAGUUAGCACAAAUGCAGCAACUGCAACAGCAGCAGCAGCAGCAACUGCACCAACAACAGGUUCAUGCACAAGCUCAAGCUCAGGCCCAGGCCCAAGCUCAAGCUCAAGCUCAGGCCCAAGCUCAGGCCCAAGCUCAGGCUCAAGCCCAGGCUCAAGCCCAGGCCCAGGCUCAGGCUCAAGCUCAGGCUCAAGCUCAAGCCCAGGCUCAAAUGCAGCAGCAACAGCAGCUUCAAGCCCAGGUCCAGGCUCAGGUCCAAGCCCAGGUCCAAGCUCAAGGUCAAGCCCAGGUGCAGGCUCAGGGAGUGGCAGGUCAGAUGCCCCCUCAUUCGCAGCAGCAGCAAGUCAUGGUGCCCCAGUCAUUAGCACAAAUGGCUCCCGGACAGCAUCAACCCAUCAGCUCACUCAGCCAACAACAGCAGCAACACCUGAAGCUCCAGCAGGUAAUGCAGCAGGCGAGAGUAUUGCAGCAGCAACAACAACAACAACAACAGCAGCAGCAACAACAGCAGCAGCAACAACAGCAGGCUCAACAGGUCCAGCAGGCAGGCCAGCUCGCUGCAGUUCCUGGCCAGAUGAUGCCCCGUCCUGGGAUGCAAAUUCCACCUCGGUUGCCCCGUGCCACCCCGAACUCUGCCAUUCCUCAAAACCCUGUUGCCAUUGGAGGACAGCAAAUGCCACAGGGUCAACAAAUGAUGUCAUCACCCUCCUCAGUUCAGGUGCAGACGCCCCAGCCGAUGCCACCUCCCCCCCAGCCUCAGCCAUCCCCCCAGCCUCCUUCCUCUCAGCCCAACUCUGUCAGCUCUGGUCCAACCCCUUCUCCUGGAGGUUUCCAACCCAGCCCCUCUCCUCAGCCAUCCCAGAGUCCUGCAUCUUCACGCACCCCCCAGAGUUACCCCCUCCAGGUACCUUCACCAGGACCUCUCAAUACACCAGGCAAUCCAAGCUCUGUAAUGAGCCCAGCAGGGGCCUCACAAUCUGAGGACCAGCUUUACAUGGACAAACUGAAGCAGCUGUCAAAAUAUAUCGAGCCGCUGCGAAGAAUGAUUAACAAAAUAGACAAAAAUGAAGAUAGGAAGAAGGAUUUGAGCAAAAUGAAAAGUUUGCUCAACAUUUUGACUGACCCCAACACAAGAUGUCCACUUAAAACACUACAGAAGUGUGAAAUAGCAUUGGAGAAACUAAAGAAUGACAUGGCAGUGCCGACUCCUCCCCCUCCUCCAGUGCCCUCUACCAAAAAGCAGUACCUGUGCCAGCCGCUGCUGGAUGCUGUCUUGGCCAACAUCCGCUCCCCGGUUUUCAACCAUUCACUUUACCGCACGUUUGCUCCUGCUAUGACAGCAAUUCACGGACCCCCAAUCACGGGUCCCUCAAUUCCUUCCCGUAAACGGAAGCUGGAGGAUGACGAGCGCCAGACCAUCCCUAACAUACUUCAAGGGGAGGUGGCUCGUCUUCAUUCCAAAUUCCUGGUCAAUCUAGACCCGUCCUUUUGCAGCAACAAUGGAACGGUGCAUCUCAUAUGUAAACUAGAUGAUAAAAAUCUUCCCAGUGUUCCCCCUCUUCAGCUGAGCAUUCCAGCGGACUACCCCGAUCAGAGCCCCCACUGGGAAGAUGACGGUCAGCAGUAUGAGGCCAACCCCUUCUUGCAGAGUGUGCAUAAGAACAUGACCUCUAAACUCCUUCAGCUUCCUGACAAGCACUCGGUGACGGCGCUGCUGAACACCUGGGCUCAAAGCGUGAGGCAGGCUUGCCUUUCAGCUGCUUAGAAUGUAUUCCCAUCAGCACUAUCAGCCCAGUAUAAUCCUUGCACCUCUAUGGAAUGAUGGCAAUAUAUUAAUACUUAGUCAUUUUUUAUUUACCUGAAUUAUAAUCUGUUUUGUUUAGUCACGUACACUAAGGCCUUAACUGUUUGUGCAUUGCUUCAUUAAUAAAGACAUUUAAACUGC